AUGUUACUUUUACAUUACGACAGAACUUACGGGGCCAAAAUGAACUACUCGACUCACCAUAGAUACAUUUUCGAUAAGUUUUUGAGCUUGUAUUGGCCCUUGAGAAGGUACAGAUACCCUUAUUUGCCUUACGACCUUUUGGAUUUGUGGCCUACCGAGCAUCACUUGAGAAAAGUUCGAGUGAGAAAUAAUCUGUACGAUCUUCAAGUGACUAGAGGAUGA